AUGACGCGACCUAGCUCAACGGCGCAGCAGCGUCAGUUGACAGCGACGGAGGAGUUGGAAAAACUAGAGCAGUCCAUCACCCUUACACUCCAAGAAAUCGACCACAACUUCAGUCGCGCACAUCGCAUAGUCACUUCAAGCAUACUACCGAUCGUUGAGCAGUACACCAAUCACUCUAGGGACGUCUGGGAAGGCUCCAAGUUCUGGAAACAAUUCUUCGAGUCCAGCGCAAAUGUGUCCCUGUCCGGCUAUGAAGAGCAGGCGCUUGCGAACUCGCACCUCCAUGAAGAGACCACUACGACCGAUGAUUCUCAAGCCACUACUUCACAUACAACCCUCGAGACCUCCGACUCGAUCUCCACCCCCACGGCGCAACACAUCUCGACAGACUCGAUUGCUGACCUCGACAUAUCCAACAUGACAUUGUCACCCUCCAAAUCCUCGACUCCGCGACCAAGGACCAAACAGCGCCUUGCUCAAGACUACUCAGCAUCUACACCGGCCUCGGUCUUUGUGGAAGACCCUUCUCCGUACGAGACAUUGCGACAAGAAGUCACUUCCACAGCGGUCGACAGCACCCUUGAAUCCGACCAAACGUCGUCGCUCUCCGAUACCCAGCCCGCACCGUCCACUCCUGGAGCACAAACCACGCACUUCGACCCCUCAGACAUUGCUCAAACGCCACAGUCUUCACCCUUUCUACCACCGCCUCCCUCGGAGAGGCGGCCCUCGACAUCUCGCAAGCAGACCGAUCCCCUCCUGCAUCGGAUCCUCGACAAAAACUACCGAGUCCAAGCCACUCCGCUCACUACGACUCGGCACCGUUCUCCUGUACGCGCCACGCCAGCCACCGCCCAACGAACGCGCGGCAAGCUCUUCGAGAGCACGCUAUCUUCGUCUCCGGAAGUCGCACCUCCACAGCUGCACACCGAGCUCUUCUCACCCGCAAAAGCUCGUGGUCCUCGCACGCCCGGUGUGUCCGUCUUGACGCCCGGAAGGCCCAAGGCCCGGCCCAGCCUACCACGCGGGCAGGAAACAGGCGUCUCAGCCAUGCAAACGCCACCGGCGCACAAGUCGGCUGCCCCAACAGGUGGCGCCUGGGAUUUUGACUCCGACGAGGAGGACACAGACCUGCAAUUCGGCAGCCCACCAAAGACCAUGCAAUUUCACGUGCCCCAGAACCGCCUGCUGAAAACACCUGCGAAAGAAGCCUCCCGCCGAAUAGUAGAUGACCUGCUGACCACCGCCGGUCUGUCUCCGCACCGCAACACGGCAGGGGAGAUCGAGAUCACCGAAGACGACCUUGAUCUCGAUGUCGAAAUCGGCGAGGAUGGCCAGUAUAUAUAUCAGUACGGGGACGAAGACGGUGAUCGCGCCGGGGACGUGGCUGUGGGAGAGCAGGAGGAGGAGGAGCGCUCGCCAACAGUCGUGCGCCCCGCCAAGGGCCUUGAAGACGAGACGUUCUAG